CCUCGAUCCGGUGUUGAUUUCACAACAAACUGAAAUCAAAGUUUUUCAGUGAAUUUAAUAUUAUUACAAAAAUAGCCUAAGAAGGUAGACUUGAACUGUAUAAAAAUCAUCUAGGAAGGUUAACACAAAGGCCGACCGCUACAUAAUCUCUUUUAGAUUCAUGUGAUGGACACAGACAAACAGGGUUACAUAGGGAACCUUGAGGAUAAGUCUGUCCCAGAGCUACAAGAAUUACUGACAAGACAAGAGAAUAUUCUCAGAAAAAGAAAAUUUGUUUCCAAUCUUCCUGACAAGGGAAGGAAAAUCACUCAGUUUAGAGAGAAACUGAUAGAAUUAAUAAGUGAAAAACAGAGGCUUGUGUCUGAUACAUCACAAGAACCUAGAGGAAACACACCAACGAAAAAUAAACUGGACAAAAAUCCAAACAUAAAGCCAACAUCAAAAUAUUCAGCAGUUUCAAAGGACAGAGCAUUUCCUGCAGUGAGAAACAAAGACUUCCCAGUCAGAGAGAAUGUACUUAGGGAUGUGGUUACCUUGGAAAAUAAAGUCGGUUUGGAAGCAGAUAAGCAAGACAAUGAGAAAUUUCUAUUUGUUGAAAUCCCCCAAUCUCCAGUAAAAAUGUGUAUUACAAGUGACUUUGCAAAUUUAAGAGAUAAAAAUAUACAAGGUAAAAAUAACAGAGGUGAUAUCACAGAAACACAAGAACAUCAUAUCAAACACAAAGUAAUACAGGAAACGCUGAAUGUAAAUGUUGGAGAAGUGACAAUGUUGGAGAAGGCCAUGGAAAAUAUGGAUAUUGAUUCAUGUUCCUCAACGUUAGGAUCUGAAGAACUUAAAAACAAAAUACUGGAGAAUUCCACAAAACUCACACCAUAUUUCAAAGCCAACAGUUUCCUAAAGAUACACAAUGUUCAAGAUCUCCCAGACAAAUACAAAUGGAGGUCAAGACAGGGUUAUCCAAUCAAAGAACAGAACACUUCAGCAUCAUGUCAAGGUGAGGUAAAGGACGAAUCAGCUGCCACACCCCCAGUAUAUAAGUAUGAAGAGGCCCAGCUAAUCUCACUGAAUGAGUCAAUGCAGCUUCAGCAAGCACAACAGAGGCACCAGGAGGAAUUACAAGCCAGGACUGCAGCAGAAAGACUUGCCAGGUCACUCAAAAUAAAGAUGGAGCCAUACAACCCAGAGGGAGGAAAUAUGGCCUACAGAACUCAAGUUGACCAGAUGGACACAGACAGUGAUGAUGAAGAGGAAGUAGAGUUUUAUCCUGAUGCCGUUGACUGAACUGUGUGGAAAUCAAGCAUUGAUUUGACUAUAGAUACAAAGUGAAGUUUUAUCCUGAU